UUGGAAUUAAUCCAAUAUCGAGCUGUGGGUGUCAGCAGCGCAUGGACGCGGUACGCCGCGGCGCUCGCCGUAGCUGGGGCCGGCGGUUGCUGGGAGGCCGAUGGCCGCCGUGUUCCUGGUCAUGUUGUACGAAUACUCGCCGCUUUUCUACAUCGCCCUCGUCUUCCUCUGUUUCCUUGUGACCACGGCUGUAAUCUUCGGAUGGUUUGUUUGGGACAUCCCCGUCAUUGUCCGACAAUCGGAGUCUGGAUCGGGGCCUGUGGUCCAGACGAAGCGAAUGGUGCAAGUGAAGAACCCAUUCGCCCUGGAAAUUGUCCAUCCCUUUGCAGCCUCUGUUGCAGGUGGAAUAACCCUCAAAUCUCACUGCACAGAGAAAUGCACUCUGACCAUCUAUUGGGGAUGCAGUGUUCAUAAACUCCAUGAAGGAUUACAAAAGCAUGUUUAUUGCUUCAGAUUAAAGAUGCCACAGAAACUCGAGGAAGCAAUAGACAAAGAAUAUCUCCAUCGAGAAGAAUUUCUAAUAGAGAAAGAAAGCGAUGAUGAAAAUUUCUCUCGGCUUCCUGAGUAUUUAUCAAUUAAAGAUUUUGGAAAUCUCCCUCGAGCACGAUAUCCAUUAGUAGUGCUGUUAACAUUAACAGAAGAAGAAAAUCGGGACAUUUAUGAAAUUGUUUCAAUGGUAACAGUAAUCCAUGUUCCUGAUGAGAAGUACAAACUUGCAUGUCGAAUCUUAUACCAAUAUCUACUGACUGCCCAGGGUCAUGUAUAUGACCUUAAGAGACUUUUUAUAUCUGCUGAGGAUGGCAGCUUACCUGAGGGGAUCCCUACAGAAACCGAUGCUGUGGACAAAAAGCUUCUGGAGAAGUUUGGCACUGCAGAAGGGGAGUUUGACUCAUGGAAGGAAAGCAGCAAAGAUUGCGUUGUGUGCCAGAAUGCUCCUGUGAACUGGGUCCUGCUGCCUUGCAGACAUGCUUGUCUGUGUGACUGUUGCAUUACUUAUUUCAAGCAAUGUCCCAUGUGUAGAGAAUUUAUCAGUGAAUCCUUUGCUCUUAUAAGUUCUGGAGCACGAACUGAGGACUGUGUUGAAAAUAAGGCUGAUCCAAUAUUCGAAGAAAUCUGGGAGGAUCCAGAUGAAGGAAACAUUCAAGAAGGUGUAAAUGCAAGGAUAAAUUUUUAAAUGGAAAACUGUAAACAAGGCAGAUUUUGCUUUUACUAUUCUGAAUGUUUAUGUGCAAUCUAGAGACAAUGUGAUGAAGGAUUUAAGUAAGGUGUGCUGUAAUGGAGUAAUGCGAGAUACAUCAAACAAUGUUGGCAUCCAGAUGAGUUUACAGGACAGCUUGUCUUUCAUGCUUUGAGAAGGAGGGAAAAAGAAGAUUUAAAUUAUCUGGUAUGCCAACUACUACAUUUGUAACAAAACACACAAAUGCUGCUUUGUUCAAAUAAAUUUGUAUUGGACUAGUUUUUAAACAUUUAUUUGGUCUUUCAAGUAUAUCACACCAUAAUUUGGGUUCUUAGAAAUUUCUGUAAUAUUAAUGUUCAAAGAGUCGCAUAUCAAACUUUAGACUGUUUGUUGGGAUGGUCAGGGGAGAAAAAGAUUAAUACAAAAUUUUUAAAUGACCACCGUGAAGAGAAAACAUUACAUCAACACUCAAGUUUCUGUAUUUCUAGAUUAUUUUGUUCUGUAUAGCUAAUUUAGAUGGAAGCACUCAAUCUAAAACUAAUUAUGUAUAGUGUGUAUAUAAGAAUAUACAAAUAAAAUUCCUUGUAUUUAUAAACAAUGAUUACCUAAUGAAUUAUAAUCAGUCUAAUUAUUAUUCAUGUCUAAGAAUGAAGAUUAUUUGAAAUUGUUUCCCAAGUCAACAGUUUUACGUCACAGUUUGACAAAAUAAAGUAAUGCUGUAUAUUUAUUUCAAAA